AUUUCAUUUCGCAAUAAAAAGUUUAAUCUUGCAAUAGGCACUGUGUUUACAUUCAUAAUUGGGUCGUAGUUCAGACUACAUAUGACACGAACAUGUUGAUAUGCAAUUAUCAAUAGAUAAUAUGUUUGCUUACACUGUAAGUAAAAAAUCUUCCAAAGAAAUGUAACUAUGUGAACCGGUAGUUGCAAUCAGGGAAGAGAUUAAACGUGGUGCUCGGAUUAAACAUGUUUGACCACCAAGACAACAUUGGAGAGUGCUUUCAGAAAUCAAAAGUGACCAUAACAUGUAACUGUCGUCAAUGGUAUAUGAGGACAUGUAUAAUAAUCACGGUGUUUGGAGUGUGUGUGAUCUGUUGGUGCGUUUAUUGCACGAUACUCAUCGUGAGACUGACUCAAGAACUGGAUGAUCUGCGGCAGUCACGUGACCGAGUACGUCAUGUUAACAUUCCAAGUAACGGUGUCAACAGUUACCCCGCUCCUGAAGUCGGACUGGGUGAUCUGGGUGUUGUUGACUCCCAUCUUUACGUCGAGCGGACCCUCAUACAUCAAAGGGUGAAACGAAGUAAAAAGGACAAUCAAAAGUCUACUAAGAUGCGGAAAGAAAAGAAAGAAAAAAAGAAAAAGACCUUGAAGUCAGCGCAUUUUAUUCCCCGCAGCGGACUUCAACCACAACAUGAACACAACUAUAAUUCUACCAUCGAAGUGUUCCGGCUGGCACCUUGGUGGGUGACGACGGAUAGCCCAUUUACCGUUGCAGAGCACGGCAAGUUUAGGGUGGACUAUACAGGAACAUAUUUAAUCUACGCACAGGUGCUGUAUAAGCACGCGCUUCCCUUCGCGUCCCUUGGCGUGGUUCAGCACCGUCCCGAUACCCCCCGAGACAUGCUGCAGAGCAUCUACUGCAGACAGGAGAUCCCCACGGGACAGGGCCGCCAGCUGAGCAACACCUGCACGCUGACCGCGCUAUUUCAGUUGCAAAAGGACGACUACAUAACGCUAGAGAAUUUUUACAUUGAUCCUGAAAUAACGUACAGUGUCAAUUCGACAUACUUCGGGGCGGUAUUACUGUCCUAGUGACAGCAUACAAAGAACAUAUGUGCACAUAUAGUAUAUUGUUUUGUUUAUUAUACACCGUUAAUGUGUGAUGAAUGCUCUGCAAAUUCAUCAUUAUUGUAGACCGUAUUAUUCGUAUAAAAAGUUCUUUUUACAUGAACAAGACAUCGGCUGUGAUCACUUUGAUAGUCAAUCGACACGGUUUAGGUUGAGUAUACUAUGCGAGGUUUACAAUGUACGCUUACGACACACCUUCUGGUAUUGUAAUGUCAUACAUUGACGCUAUUUAUACUCUCUAAACCUGUGUAAACUGUUGGGAAUUCCCAUUGGUUAGUUUCAGUUUAUAUAGAGCUGACUGCGCUGAAAUAAAUCGGGUAUGGGUCAUUAGACCAGUUUCACAUUAAGAAUGAAUUUCUUUCUGUCGGCCUAAAACCCAGAGUUUCACAUUAGAGCUUAUAUAUGGUACAUUUGAGAAGCGCUUCCAUUACAAACGUAUUGCUAUUGAUCAGGUGCUGUGGUCGGCAUUUCAACGGGAAAGGUGAGUGUUGCGUAGUUUCUUCCAUUAAAUUUAUCGGGAUAAGAGUCUUAUUUCAAAAGAGGAAUCCGCAAAUUGAGGGCUGUAGUAAGUUGUGAGUAAAUGACAACUGAUUUUUCCAAAAGUUUCUUGAAAAUAAUGUACGCGUCAAUUUAACUCGACAAUAGAAUAGAUCGCAAGUGCUUGUGCUGUUGAUAUCUUGUUCAAAAAGGCACUUGUUUGCACAUGUUAGUUAUGCUGGAAACGGUGUAUUCGCUAGCAAAUCUUCAUUAUGAAUUAUUAAUUUAUUUUAUAUACAUGUAAUUAUAAUUUCAAAUUAAAAAGAAAGAGAACAA